AUGGCGUCUUCCAAUGCCCCUCCAGCGAGCCUUGCUUGGCGUGACGCCCAGAAGUUGCGCAAGUAUCUAGCACGAGACAUCGGCAAGCUCCAGCCAGGAAAUGGUUCUGGAAUCGACAUUUCCAAAUUCGAAGCGGUAGAUAGCCUUUUGGAGAAGUUCCGCCUCGCUUGUGUAUCUACCAUUUUUCUCGAUUUUGAUUUUGCCAUCUCCCAGAAAACAGAGGAAUAUUUAUGGCUUAUUCAUACCUCGAUCAAUGCCGAGUAUCGACGCAUCUUGGGCCGGCUCAAGCAAUCUUCUCAUGCAGUCGAGAAGCGAAAGGUGGAGAAGAUGUACAACAACUUCCUGCGCAUCGCCCAUAAGUUUUAUAAAGGAUAUAUCCAGCGCCUAUCCGCGUACUAUGAUAUCCCGGAGCUUAAACGAAUCGCGCAAGGCAUUGAACUUGACCAGCUGGUCGUCGAAGAUAAAGUUAGCCCGGUCUCAGAAGAUUUACAGCGCAAAGUCCUAUACUCUUGCCACCUUACGCUGGUCCACCUGGGAGACUUGACACGAUAUCGAGUCCAAGCUCGGCAUAAGAACUCUGGCUACGAAGGCGCCUUGCUAUACUACGGAUUGGCUCACCAUCUUCAACCUCAAUCGGGCUUCGCUUUCCACCAGAUGGGGAUUAUCAACCUCGAACAGGGGAAUCAUCUAGACGUGGUCUACCACUUUUAUCGCGCCUUGGCUGUGAAAAGCCCUCAUCCCAAUGCUCAGACCAACCUGGAAGCUGAGUUCAAAACGGUUCUAGCCCCUAAUGGAUCCAAGUCUAGACACAAUGUCACUGCACCUCAAGAUCAUUUCACAAUGUGGUUUGUGAAGCUACACGCUUAUUUCUAUAAAGGAGAGGUGUUUCGUCCACAAGAAGAGUUGGAAGGCGAAGUGAUGCACCGGCUUGAGAUGGCUUGUCGAAACCCUGCCUCUUCUAACGCUCUCCUAAAGAUGGCACAGGUGAAUAUGCUGGCACACUGCAUAGCCUCCGCUCAAUAUAAAGAAAACCGGACGGAAACUUCCAUGCGCUUUUACCAAUACACGCUUCGCUUUAACGCUAAAUUUAUCUAUACGUUCUGCAAAGCCUUCGAGUCUGAGCUUAAAGAGGCUCUUUCUAACGCUGAAGGCCUCGACCACCAAUUGGAUUCUUCCGAAGAAACGCAAGCAAAGACUUCUGUCAUUGAAGCCCUUCUUCCCGUUUUGCGCGUAUAUGGUAUGUGGCUCGCAGCCCGCCGUACCGAGAUAUCCAGCGUCGCAGAUGCGUUUGGGGCAAUCAUUCCAGAGAUGAUUCAAAAUAUGUCGAGAAUCUUCACUAUACUUUGUGCAGAAUAUUACAGCCUGGAGAAUUUGAAAUCUUGCCCAUAUUUGCUUCCGGAAGACAUCCAUAUCCUGGGAUUCCAACCACUCAACGAAGAAGAUCUUCCCGAACAUUGCAGAGUAUACUGCAACGAGGAUGGGGAUUGCAAGCCUUAUCCUCACGCCCUCGAAGACGGCUGCGGUUCACCAUCGAGUGAAAGAAUAGGAAGAAUCCUUGAUAUCCUCCGCUGCGCGUAUUUCUUGGCCAACGAUGACGCAUACCCUAUGGCCUAUAAAAUUGAGGGAACUGCCCUGAUUUUUGACUAUCAGCCAGUUGCCGAGAAGCCACAAGCUCAACAGAAAACGGAAGAGGAUACGACUCAGGUUGUUGGUGUCUUGAGGGCCGCUGAUAAAGAAGAUUCAAUUCAAACCAAGGUUAUCUCCCAUGACCAGGCGAUCCAUGAGCUGGAAGCAACAGAGGUUGCAAAGCCUCCAGUAUCAAGCCGGCAGGAAGCCAGUCGACUUUUACUGCAUGAAGACGAUGAUCUUUAUGAAGACUCCGAGGCUAUGAAUCGAGGCGCUGAGACGGUUCUCGACAUGGUGGCCCCUUUCUUGAGGCCACUGACCCCUGUUGAAGAGUCUUCAUACGGAAUGCACACGUCCACUGCCAACGAUGUAUUUGGUUCACUCAACACAGAAGCAAGCCCCACGGAAUCCAUCGCAUCGGGAAAAUUUGCGCCUCUUCCUUGGGCCUGGUUCGGUACGCCGAAUCCGCAUGGCGCCCGUGACCCGGCACUGCCCGUGAGCCAAAACACUCAGAACGGCGGCCGAAGCACAACGCACUCCCCCAAUGCGUCUGUUGCGGCAAGCCAUCUCCUUGAGGACCCCUUUACUACGCCUGGCCGUGAUGUCUCUGAUAAUCUUCCGCGCAACAUGGCAAACGGAGUCGGCAGCCCACCAAACACAUCUGCCCGGAGAAUACACCGGGAACAGUUGCUCCAAGCCUUUGGCAAUGGCUUAAGUACUCCUCGCACGUCGUCUUUUAGUCACUGGUCGCACAACUCCAACGUCUCGAGACCACCGGGCGUUAUGGCGACAAUGCAGGAAUCGAAUCAUUACCCGGCAUGGACAACCCCGUCGAGCAUUUCUUCGUUCUCUCACCCAAGCAGCCUCUACCAUGGCACCCCGGCGAAUGCUUUACAGUACAACAUGCAAUUUGCUGUAGACCCGGGUCACGUCUUUCAAGAAGCUCUCUUAAGAGAGACUAAUCAGACUAUCAAUAAUCAUUUUCAAAUUGAUAAGACAACAUCGAAUUAUAACAACGCCGUCAUGAGAUCGGCAUACCAAGGCUCGAGCUAG